AUGACCUCACCACAAGCUAACUCCCUCGACGACAUCUUCGGCUCGUCCCCACCCCACGAGAACGAAAAAAUCCCCCAGCAACCAUCCAGCCAAGCUCCUGAGCCUUCGGAUCUCCCCUCUCUCCGUCGUCAACACGUCACAGCCGGCUACCGCGACGGAGUCUCCGCCGCGAAAGGCGAGCACGUCCAGCACGGCUUCGAUGCCGGCUUCCCAAUCGGCGCACAGCUAGGCAUGAGAGCAGGAACGGUGAUCGGUAUCAUCGAAGGCUUACUACGCGGCUUUGAGAGUCGCACUGCGUCCAGAGCAGUAAAGAAACCGGCUCAGCGAAAGGAAGAAGGUCAAGAGGCCGAGGCAGAUGAAGCAGCGCGGCAGGCGAAGAGGGAGCAGCUGCUCAGAUUAUACCAAAAAGCUGUGAAGGAGCUGGAAGUCCGGUCUGUAUUUGCCGGGAGUGAGGAGGAGAGCACGCAAAACAAAGAGGGGCAGGAGAAACCGGAGGUUGUCCUCCGCCGGAAAGGGGACGCCGUCAUUUCACAGUGGGAGGACCAGGUCCGGGUGGCGCAUUGGGAAGAGAAUAUGGCCGCCCUGGAGCCAAAGGAGGAUGAGCAGCGGGCGUCAACAUCAACAGAGCAUAUUUGA